GAUCACUUCUCUGACCUCCUCGCAUUCUAUUGUCCUCAUUCGUGGAGCCCAAUCUUUUCGUACCUCAAAAUGGGAGAGUUAGCCCCAGACCAGUCGACCGCGCUUGAGAUUUUCAAGGGUUGCUGUUCUGCAGAAGGCCUAUUGGGGCAUCGGGAGGGGUUACAGGCUGGGGAUGUGGAAGAUGGGAUCACCGACAACACUACCCUUUUACGAUUUUUGGAGGCCCGUCGCAGGGACCCGGAGGACGCCCUAAAACAAUUGCAAGAGGCGGCUAAGUUUCAGGCUGAUAGACAGGUUCUCCGUCUGUAUGAUCUGAUCUCUGUGAAGGAUUAUGAGGAGACACGAAAGCUAUAUCCUCACUGGACGGGACGACGGGACCGCCGAGGGCAACCUAUACUGGCGCUCGAUGUCGCUCAUUUGAACGCAUCGACUAUGGCAGCCUGGAGGAAGACGCGUGAGAUUCCAAGGCAAACAGACAUGAUUUUACCAAGUCCAAUCAUUCCGGAUAUGGAACAACGUGCAGCAAUACAUUUUGAUGGCUUUACUCGAUUCGUGCUACCGCUUUGUACAGCCAUGAGCGACCGUCCUGAUCCGACCGUCCCCGUCACCAAAGCCAUCUACAUCGUCGAUGCCUCUGCCAUCUCUCUGAAGCAGGCCUGGGAUUUGCGGGAUUUCGCACGCGAUAUUAGCUGGAUCCUAUCGACCUGCUAUCCAGAGACCAUUGAUCGGAUCAUUGUGGGCAAUGCGCCCUUUUAUUUCGCCAAGAUUUGGGCUUUCAUGAAGAACUUUGUCGACCCCAUGACGGCGGACAAGCUGGAGAUCACCAGGCCCGCGGAUGCAUACGCGACCAUGGCACAAUACAUGGGACACGAGGAUAUUCCAAGCCAAUUCGGAGGAGGUUUCCAGUUCACGAAUGGGAUGCUGCCGGAUUUGGAUGAGGGCAUACGGCAGGCUCUACAAUGGCCCAUCUCCAGUAAGGAGGCAUUCCCGCAAGGGCCACUCAAGUGGACCGAAGACGAGAAUGGCCAGCGACGGGCCGUGGCAACAGGAAGCAUUGAUAGUCGGCAGCGAUGCGAGGAGGUUGCAAUCCUUCCAGUAAAAUCGACAACACAUUCCCAGCUACCGAAUUGACUACAAAGCAUGAUUCGGUGUCCAUGAGAUAGAACAUGGUAUUGUUGUUUAGGAAUUUCUCUAAAGACAGUAGUGACGGCAAACGCCUAGGACAUAGCCAGCUAUGCCACUUUACUUUCUAUCUAUUCUCUAGUGGGCAAUAACCAAUCCGC